AUGGCAACAACAAUACACAAUGAUCUCUCCAUUGAUGAUGAUGAUGUUGUUAAAGUUGGUAGAGGAAACAGUGGUCUAUGGCCUCAGAAAAAUGAGGCUCUUUUCAUUACCCUCAUGGAUAAGGAGGUCAAAACCAAGAGUAGUAAAAUAACUGGGACAUUCACUAAACAAGCUUGGAACAGGUUGAGAGAUCAAAUUAAUGCAAAAACCCAAUACCAGUAUAACGCACACCAACUUCGAAACAAAUACAAUCAGCUGCGUAUUAUGUUCAACAAAUUUACAACAUUACUGAAGCAUACUGGUGUUGGUUGGGAUAGCCAACAACUUACUAUCAUUGUACCGAAUAACGUUAAUAGCCAUGCAAAGAGGUUCAUGAAGAAAGGGAUGGUUUACUACCAUGAGUUGUCUCAUAUCUUAGGAGACACAUCUACAACUAGUAAACUAGCUCACCCUUCCACCAAAUCUCCUUCUGAAAGUAGUGCUAGUUCUGAUCUUGAAUUUAAGGUAAAAAAUGAGGACUUAGAUGCAUUACCAAUUGAUAGUGAUAAUGACAAUGGAGAUGACCAAGGCAAGUACAAGGGCAAGAGCAAAAUGAUGAAAGUGGACCUAAUGGAAAAACGAUUGACAAGUGCUUCAGUUACUAAUGUUGGCGAUGACGGUGGUUCAAUUGAAGGUGGCUCUACUGCCUCGCAUUCACUAUUGAAAGAGUGCGUGGCACUAUUACAUGCUAUGGAGGAAAUUCCUGCACCUGCUUACACUAAAGCUGUGAACAAGCUUGCAUCAGAUCCCAUAAUAAGGGAGGUAUUUGUUGAUAUGCCUGCUGGUAGGAUGAGGGAUUGGUUCAAUAUGUUAGUUCGUAUGGAUGUUUUCAUGGUAUUUGCUGAUUCAGUGGAUUAUAUUAAAUUGUUGACAAUGCACUUGAAUGCUACUGCUAUGUUCAAUGAUUUUGAAUGA